AUGGUUUUGACUAGAGGAAAAGGAUCAAAACCACCUGUGGUGGAGGAGGAGGAGGAAGAUCAUUCUGUGGAAAUGAAUGGUUCAAAUGACGAGGAUGAAGAGCAUUUAUACCAUAACAUUGAUGAUUUGAAGAGGCUGAUUGGUAGCGACGAUGGUGGUGAAACAGAUGAUAUUGCUAGCGAUUACAGUAAUGAAAGUGACUAUUCCAGAGUCAGUGCGGAAGAUGGCUAUAAUUCAAGUGAUGAGGAUUCGCUACUAGCAGUUUUCUCAGAUUAUGGUGAGGUGUCAGAGGAUGAUGAAGAGAAUUUCAUGGAUGCUAUUAGAGAGGCUAAUAAUUUCAAAGUAAAAAGAAGGAAGAAGAGAGAUAAGAAGGGUGGUAAAGGCAAAACUCAACGUAUCAAGAGAGAUAGGGUUCUUGACCCAGAGGUAGCUCAAUUACUGUCUGAAGCAAAUGAGGCCUUUGUAAGGAACGAUUUAGUCGUUGCGGAAAGACUUUACAAUGAAAUCAUUAAGAAAGAUCCCAGAAACUUUGCCGCUUACGAAACAUUAGGUGACAUUUAUCAUUUACAAGGUAGACUGAAUGACUGCUGUAAUUCAUGGUUUUUAGCUGCUCAUAUUAAUUCCUCCGAUUGGGAAUUUUGGAAAAUUGUCGCCAUCUUAUCGGCAGACCUAGAACAUUAUAGGCAAGCUAUCUAUUGUUUUUCAAGAGUUAUUAAUAUUAAUCAUGAAGAAUGGGAAGCAUUGUAUCGAAGGUCUAUACUUUACAAAAAAAUUGGACAAAUAGGGAAAGCCUUAGAAGGUUUCCAAAAACUGUAUAAAAAUAACCCAUUCGAUGCCAAUAUCUUACGAGAACUGGCCAUUCUCUAUGUUGAUUACGAUAGAGUCAAUGAUGCCAUUGAUUUGUACAUGAAAGUUUAUGACACAAACAUAAAGAGACGAGAAGCAAUUGAAAAGGCCUCGGAAAACGCCUUGGAAUCUUCAGGCGAUGAAAACAACGAGGCGGAUUUUUCUCAAGAUGAAGAGAAAGAAGAUGAUUUACAGUUAGAUUCACAAAUUGAGGAAAUGGCUGCAUAUCCGGAUGUAAAUUGGAAAAAAAUAAAUAAGAAAUUCAAGUGUAUCCCAUUUGACUGGUCGUCGUUAAAUAUUCUGGCAGAGUUGUUCCUCAAAUUAACUGUAGGUAGUAAUUCAGGUAUUAAAACCAUUAAAUCGUGUGCAAGAUGGAUUCAGCAUCGUGAAUUACAGACGUUCUGGGAUGAUGUCACUGAUGAUUCUGAAUUUGAUGAAAGAAGAAUAAAAAAUAGUAGAUAUGAUUCGUUGACAGAUGUCGAAAAGGCUAAGUCGUACACAUUACCAAUCGACAUCAGAAUAAGGCUUGGUUUACUGAGAUUAAAUAAUGAAAAUUUCAUCGAAGCGCUUAACCAUUUCCAGUUCUUAUACGAUGAACCAUUCAGUGAUAUUUCUGAUUUACAUUUCGAAGCUGCUUUAGCUUUGACAAAAGCUGAAAAAUUUCAAGAAGCCAUAGAUUUCUUUCAACCAUUACUGGGCUUCUCUGAUUAUAGAACAGUCGAGUUGUUCGAAAAUUUGGCCCGCUGCUAUAAAGAAACCGAGAAUUAUGAAUCUGCAAAGACAUAUUACGAACUAGCUGUAGAACAAGCACCAACGGUUUUGGAACAUAAAUUAAAUCUUGCUGAAGUUCACUAUCAUUUGGGGAAUAACGACGUCUUCAAGAGCAUGCUUGCUGAAGUUACAGAAAUGAAAAAAAGACAAGAGGCAGAACUGUACGGAAGUGUAGAAAAAGUUCCAGAAACGACAAUAAGUACGCAGAAUCAAAAAGACGUAUCAAGUAAGCCAUUAUUGGAAGAUAGUAUGUUUAGACAGUUUCAUGGAAAGAGAAAAAGAACUCCGCAGGAUUUAGAGAGAGAAAAGAUUGAACGAGAACGUAAGAUCACUUCUAAAGUCGUCAACAAGUUCAAAAGCCUAAAAGAACUCGAAACUGGUGUAAAAAUGGGUAAUGAGAGGGAUAUCAGCACUUGGAUUGAUAAUGUCUCUGACUUGGUGGAUGUAUUUUCUAGUGUCAAGAAUUUUUUCGUUAGAAGUAGAUCCAAAAAAUUUGUAGGUAUUAUAAGAAGGACAAAAAGGUUCAAUACAGUGCUUGACUAUCAACUAGAAAGGCUGUCUAAGCUUUCAGAAGGUGAGCCUUUGGGCGAUGGUUUACCGUUGAUGGAAGAAAGAGUUACUUUAACGUCUACCACCGAAUUAAGAGGUUUAACUUACGAUCAAUGGUUUGAAUUAUUCAUGGAUCUCUCGUUAACUUUAACGAAGUUUCAAAGUGUAGAGGAUGGUUUAAGUGUUGUUGAAACUGCACAAGAAGUGAAUGUUUUCGUUCAAAAUCCUGAAAGAGCAAAAGUUAUGAAGUUUGUUAAACUGGCGAUUGUUCUACAAUUGCAAGAUGAAGAGGAGCUUGCGGAAAAUCUAAGGGGCCUAUUAAAUCAAUUUCAAUUCAACAGAAAGGUUUUGCAAAUCUUCAUGUACAGUCUUUCUCAGGGACAAUCAUCUUUAAAUAUAUUGAGUUCGACGGUUCAGCAAAAAUUUUUCUUGAGACAAUUGAAAGCAUUUGAUAGUUGUAGGUUCAAUACUCAUGUCAAUGGGCAAGCAUCUAUAACUAAUAAGGAGGUAGACAAUCCGGAGAGGAAAAGCUCACCAUAUCUGUAUUACAUCUAUGCUGUAUUGCUAUAUUCUAGUAAGGGGUUUUUGUCCUCACUUCAAUACCUGAAUUGGUUAGAUAAAGAUAUUCCAGAUGAUCCAAUGGUUAAUCUCCUGAUGGGUCUAGCUCAUAUACAUCGUUCCAUGCAAAGGCUAACGGCAAGCAGGCAUUUUCAGAUUCUUCACGGUUUGCGUUAUCUGUAUCGCUAUUACGACUUAAGACAAAAAUGUUACUCUGUAUUGGAAAAGCAAGAAGCGGACUACAACAUAGGGCGUGCAUUCCAUCUUAUUGGACUAACUUCGAUAGCUGUGUUCUAUUACAACAAGGUUCUCAAUAACUAUGAUGACAGAAAACUGAAAAGACAUGCUGCAUAUAACUCACUCAUCAUAUAUCAAGAAAGCGGAAACACAGAGCUAGCUAAUUAUACCAUGGAAAAGUAUUUGAGUGUAUGA